AUGUAUCUUCGAACAAUUUAAAGGCUUAAGCGCGUCCUUCGCGAGGAGAUAUGGACCAGCUGUAAACUGGUCUCAAGGACACGCGCGCGCGUAUCAUUUUCUUUUGAACGGAUUUUAAAUACCUUUCAUCGGGACCGACCGGUCGGUCGGCUUUUCCUGGAUUUAUAAUAUUUUAGUUGCGAGAUUUUUAAAAAGUAAUCGAACGUGUGACCGAAAAUUAAUUUAUAGUAUCACAAAAGCAUGCUGUGCCUAAUCAACGCCGCCCGUAAUUGCAGAGAUCGGAAGAAGAAAAGCAAGAAGGUGAAGAAAGAGGAGAAGAAGACUGUGGAUGAGUAUCAACUACGUAGGGAUUUGAGAGAGCAAGCAAAGAUGACGAAGCCGACAGACGUGGCACAGGAACCUACAACAACCAUGAAAGAAGAGCCGCAAUUCUCUGAGGAUAUUAGGAUCGGCGGUGUUGAGGGAGGCGGAACGCACUCGACGCUCGUUAUACUUGACGGAAAAGGUGCGCUGCUAACGGAAGUUAAAGGACCGCACACUAAUCACUGGGCAAUCGGGAUUGAUGAGACAGCCGCCAGACUCAGUGCAAUGAUCGAGAAAGGUAAACAAGAUCUAGGCAUACCAGAAUCUGUUCCUUUAGACUGCGUAGGCCUUUGUUUAAGCGGCUGCGAGGAGGAAACCACCAACGACCAACUCGUAAAGACUUUGCUAGAGAAUUAUCCAAAUUCGGCCAAGGAUUACGUGAUCAGUUCGGAUACACUCGGUAGUCUUAGGACAGGUUUGGAGUCCGGUGGGAUCGUGUUGAUCGCAGGAACUGGAAGUAAUGCGCUCUUGAUCAAUCCCGAUGGGAGAACUCAUGGUUGUGGAGGAUGGGGACACAUGAUGGGUGAUGAAGGAGGAGCUUAUUGGAUCGCCCAUCGCGCUUGCAAAUACGUAUUCGAUGAUAUCGAUGGCUUUAUCGAAGCGCCGGAGCCCAUAAGCUACGUGUGGCCAGCUAUGAGAAGUUACUUUAACGUAACCGACAGGAACGGCAUAUUACCGUACCUCUAUGCAAAUUUCGACAAGAGUAUCAUUGCUGGCUUUGCCAAAGAAAUUGCGGUCGGUUGUGAGAAGGGCGAUCCGCUGUGUCUGAAGAUUUUCGAGGAAGCUGGAUGUGUUCUGGCGAAGCAUAUCAUCACUCUCUCGAAGAAGGCGCACAAUGAUCUGAAAUUGGCUCACGGUGGCUUGAAGAUAAUCUGCGUUGGAUCCGUAUGGCAGUCGUGGAAAUUCAUGGAGAACGGUUUCGUGGAAAUUCAUAAUAGCCGCAUCGUAGACGAGUUGAGCCUGCUGCGUCUGACGACGACGUCGGCACUGGGCGCUUGUUAUUUGGCUGCGGAAAAGAUAGAUUGCCCAUUCGUAAAGCCAUACGACGAGAACGUCGAAGUCUUUUUCCAUUACAAACGCGAUCACUAUCCAGAAGUGCGCACGGUGGAACAUCCGGCGGAAUUAAAUCAUACGGCUGCUGAUAACGUUCGUGCAAACGAAGGAAGCACAUGACCAGUCAUAAAAAUGUGCAAUAACAAUGAAAAUA